AAUACACAACCAAAAUCUCUUCCCUUUCUGGCUUCCUCUCGCGCUCGCUCUCUCUUUCUCUCUCUGUAUUUCUCCUUACGAAUCGCCUCUUCCCUCCGGCGAUCGCUGGGAUCUGGCCGAGCCCGGCCACCGUCGCCUCGGUUACAUCCAAUCUCCUCUUUCGGCGCGCUGACGUGGCGCGCAUCGGAGCCGGCACGAGCCAUGUCGAGCCAGUCGCCGACACUUGGCGCAACGAGGAAGCGGAAAGACCGCGAGCCGUCCGAUGAAGCCGAGCUGGGGAAGCCAGCUAAGCGGAGCGACAACCGGCUCCUCGCCGGCCUCCUCGCGCACGAGUUCCUCACGCGCGGGUCGCUGUUCGGGAGCCGGUGGGACCUGACUCGGUCCGCUCCGCCCGAACCGGACCGGAAGGAAAAGAAGGACAUCGGGCUUUUGCCGCCGCCGCCGCCGGUGAGGUAUGCGGAGGCGUCGCACCUGGUGAUGCGCGGCGGCGCCCACGUGGCCGGCGUCGUCAACCCCACGCAGCUGGGGCGGUGGCUGCAGCAGAUGUGACGGCGGCGGGGACACGUGAAGGCCUCUCGUUGGCCGCGUUCCCUGGAUCGCGUCUGCCGCCUUAUCACCUUCCCCAUCUCCGCCAUCCUCUGUCUCAAGCUGCUAAACCAGAGAAAAAAAACAAAGCACAGGAGAAGAACUCGAUGAGGCUGGUGGCGAUUUCAAUUCAUUUUCUUUAUUCUGUUUUGUGGUGCCUUUCUUCUUCUUCUUCUCCUUCUCAGAAUCGCAAUUUAGUUUCUUCUCUCUCCAGAUGUGAUCGAACACUGAAUGUGCAUGCUUCGUUUCAGAAAAAAAAUGGCAGUAUUUUGAGUUAUUCAACGUCUGUUUCAUGCAAAUGGACUUGUUUUUCUCAUGAAUUAUCUACAUAAAUUUGCAUGUUUUGAUCA